AUGCCAUACACAAGGUUCACCAACUGCCAUCUCAUCGAUAAUGGCGAAUUAUACGAAUUCACCGAUUUAUAUAUUGACAACAACACUAGAAAAAUAGCCAAUAAACCAAGAGAUUCCAAUGAGAUCACAAGGACCAUCGACUUGCACCAGCAAAUCAUUGCUCCCGGAUUCAUUGACAUUCAAAAUAAUGGUAUUUAUGGUUUAAAUUUCUCAAGCUUGAAUGAAAAUUCAACUAAAGAGGAUGUCAAAGAGUUUCAAAGAUUUUACCGUGAUGCAAUGACAAAGUACUUGUCUACUGGUGUCACUUCGCUUUGUCCAACAGUUACGUCCAAUUUCCCCAGCGUCUACACAAAAGUGCUUCCCUUGUACAAAAAGUCAAGGUUGUCCAACCAGACCGAUUCUUUGGGAGCGCACCUUGAAGGUCCGUUUAUCAACUUGCAAAAAAAGGGAUGUCAUCCAUCAGAAACCUUUGUUGAUGCUAAAGGAGGUGAAAACAAGCUACUACAAGUAUAUGGCGGCAAAGACAACCUAUUGGAAAACGUUUGCAUCAUCACUGCAGCUCCCGAAAUUCCAGGAGUCUUGGACUUGAUACCGUUUGUCAAACAGCAGAAUUGUGUCUUUGCCAUUGGCCACACUAUGGCAGAUUACAAGACGGGUGUCGAUGCCAUUGAGAAUGGAUGCACAAUGAUUACUCACUUGUACAAUGCCAUGCCGCAACCUCACCAUCGUGACGCCGGUGUGGUUGGUUUGAUAAACACGCCUGCUGUGCCUCCAAGCCAAACUCCAUACUUUGGACUUAUAUGCGAUGGUGUACAUAUUGACCCAUCCAUGGUCAACUUGGCUUACAAGUCCAACCCAACUAAGUGUGUCUUGGUCACCGAUGCAAUGCACAUGAUAGGAUUACCCGAUGGCGAAUACAAAUGGGACGAUCAAGUGAUAGUCAAGACAGGUGACAGAUUGUACUUGAAAAACACCGAUACCUUGGCUGGUGCCGCUACAACAUUACCGCAAUGUGUUCGAAACUUGAUGAAAUGGGCCAAUAUUGGAUUACCAGAGGCGGUUAAAGCGGUCACUAAUACCGCUGCUUUAUCAAUCGGAAUUGAGAAUGAAAAAGGGUUCUUGAAUGUUGGGUGCGAUGCCGAUUUGGUUGUCUUGAAUCAAGAUGGAUUUGUCACGCGAGUUUACAAAUUGGGUAAUGAAAUUUCUUCGUCUGAUAUCCCCCAAUCAAGCUAUUCCAGAGAACACAAAAUCCAAGCUGUGUUAUAG